GUACCCGUUAUCAGGUCGGCCGUCAGUCGCCGUCGUCUUGUAAACAACGCGAGCUACGACUGCCGAACUAGAGCAAAUGAACGGGAAAAAUCAGGAAAUCAAGCGAUGCUCAUUGCCCAGCGCUACUGGCGACGACCGCUGACGACGAUCGACAUCACAUUGCGUCCAGUUGUGACGACGACGCUUCGGUGUUGACCACGUCCGCGACGGUGGCGGUCAAUGUCAAUGUGACCGGCGGCGGCGACAACGACAUGGAGCUGACCAAAGUGUGCCGGCUGUGCCUGUCUGCGGUCGACUGGCCCGUCAGCGUUUUUGACGAACUGGCCGACAAGAUAGCCCAAUGCCUGAAUAUCCACAUAUCCCGCACUGACCAGCUGCCCAAACACGUGUGCGUCAAGUGCAAAGAUACCGUCAACGAGUUCUACGCGUAUUAUACCAACGCGGUCGAGUGCCAGAAACAGCUCGAUCAGCUGGCUGACGUCCAGCAGAACAUGGCUUCCAGUAGUUUUGAACCUGUGGUGACCAUUAAUUAUGAUCAAAAUACAGAAUACAAAUCUGAGUACAACGAACCAGAGAGUUGGUCUGAAAGUAAUCAAUCAGAAAUCGAAACAAAAGACACGGUGAAAAUAGAUCCCACUGAGGAAAUCGAUGACGACCAAAGAUCAGAUAGGACUAAAACACCUCGUAGGGUUAAAAUAAAAUUUUUCAAAUGCAGAAAAUGUGAAGAAUCUUUUAAUACUAAACACGCAUUAAAAGAUCAUCAAAAUGAUGCACAUCCGCAUUCUGUAUAUAAGUGCAAUUGUUGUGAUAAAACAUUCGACACAAUGUGUGCACGGCAAAAGCACAAAAAAGAAGAACAUCCGAGUGUCACUUAUUCGUGCGACACAUGUGAUUAUCGUACACCCUAUAAAAGUCGAAUGCAAUAUCACGAAAAUAGACAUAAAAAAGUCUACAGUGUAUUCUGUGAUACAUGCCAAGCCGGUUUUUUUAAUAAAGAUGAAUUAGCUACGCAUGAAAUUAAAAACCAUGGUGCCGAGCCAUACCAAUGUGAUCGUUGCAGCAAAUUAUGCACGUCAAAGACCAAUUUAUACAGUCAUAUGAAAGUACAUACAACAUCAGCUGAAUCAGUUAGCUACCAAUGCGAAACCUGUGGGAAAGCGUUUAGACGUAUAGGCAGUUACAGACGACACAUUCAAUCACAUUUAGGCCUAAAAUUCGAAUGCUCCUAUUGUAAUAAGCUACUGAGUUCAGCACACCAUCUGAAACUUCAUGUGCGUAUACAUACUGGUGAGAAAAAUCACGUGUGCGAAAUGUGUGGCAAAGCAUUUACAGUUAGCAAGUACCUAGUUGAACAUAAAAGAAUACAUACAGGUGAGCGACCAUUCAAAUGCGACUUGUGUUCUAAAGGUUUUACUCAGAAGACGUCUUUACGUAUACAUACCAGAUGGCAUACUGGAGACCGACCAUAUAAAUGUGAAGUAUGCGACGAUAGAUUUGUAAUCAACACAUUUUUGCAAAGGCACAUUAAAAAACACCAUCCUGACCUUGUAGAACCUGUACAACAAGACCCAUGCGCUAACUCUCUUCAAACUUUAUGAAGUGUUAUUUUAAGGAUAUUAUUUCACUUUUUUUUAUGAAAUUAUUUCUCCAUUGUUAAUACAUAUAUAAUUAACUAUAUUAUUGUAAUACACUACUUUUAAUAAAUUAUAUAAA